AUGUCAGCGCCUGCCAUCGGCAUCGACUUGGGCACCACGUACUCGUGCGUGGGUGUCUGGCAGAACGACCGCGUGGAGAUCAUUGCCAACGACCAGGGCAACCGCACGACGCCCUCCUAUGUCGCGUUCACCGACAGCGAGCGCCUCAUCGGCGACGCUGCCAAGAAUCAGGUGGCGAUGAACCCCAAGAACACGGUGUUUGACGCCAAGCGCCUGAUCGGCCGCCACUUUAGCGAGUCGGUGGUGCAGGACGACAUGAAGCACUUCAGCUUCACCGUCAAGGCGGGGCCCGGCGACAAGCCCGUGAUCGAGGUCCUGUACAAGAACGAGAACAAGACGUUCAGCCCCGAGGAGAUCAGCGCCAUGGUGCUCACCAAGAUGAAGGAGACCGCCCAGGAGUUCCUGGGCGCCGAGAAGCCCGUGAAGAAGGCUGUGGUGACCGUGCCCGCCUACUUCAAUGACAGCCAGCGCCAGGCCACCAAGGACGCCGGCAUGAUCGCCGGCCUGGAGGUGCUGCGCAUCAUCAACGAGCCCACGGCGGCCGCCAUCGCGUACGGCCUGGACAAGAAGACCGCGGGCGGCUCGGACGGCGAGAAGAACGUGCUCAUCUUCGACCUGGGCGGCGGCACGUUCGAUGUGUCCAUCCUGUCCAUCGACGACGGCAUCUUUGAGGUCAAGGCCACCGCCGGCGACACCCACCUGGGCGGAGAGGAUUUUGACAACAGGCUGGUCAACUUCUUCGUGCAGGAGUUCAAGAGGAAGAACAAGAAGGACAUCAGCGACAACCCACGCGCCCUGCGCCGCCUCCGCACCGCCUGCGAGCGCGCCAAGCGCACGCUCAGCAGCAGCGCCCAGACCUCCAUCGAGCUGGACUCGCUGUACGAGGGCAUCGACUUCUACUCCUCCAUCACGCGCGCGCGCUUCGAGGAGCUGUGCAUGGAUCUGUUCCGCAAGUGCAUGGACCCCGUCGAGAAGUGCCUCAAGGACUCCAAGAUUGACAAGGCCGGGGUGCACGAGGUCGUGCUGGUGGGCGGCUCUACGCGCAUCCCCAAGGUGCAGCAGCUGCUGCAGGACUUCUUCAACGGCAAGGAGCUCUGCAAGUCCAUCAACCCCGACGAGGCCGUGGCCUACGGCGCCGCCGUGCAGGCCGCCAUCCUGACGGGCCAGGGUGGUGAGGCGGUGCAGGACCUGCUGCUGCUCGACGUGGCGCCCCUCUCCCUCGGCAUUGAGACGGCCGGCGGCGUGAUGACGGUGCUGAUCCCGCGCAACACCACCGUGCCCACCAAGAAGGAGCAGGUGUUCUCCACCUUUGCAGACAACCAGCCCGCCGUGCUCAUCCAGGUGUACGAGGGCGAGCGCAAGCUGACGCGCGACAACCACCUGCUGGGCAAGUUCGAGCUCACCGGCAUCCCGCCGGCGCCGCGCGGCGUGCCCCAGAUCAGCGUGGCCUUUGACAUCGACGCCAACGGCAUCCUGAACGUCAGCGCUGAGGACAAGACCACCGGCAAGAACGCCAAGAUCACCAUCACGAACGAGAAGGGCCGGCUGUCCAAGGAGGAGAUCGAGCGCAUGGUGCAGGAGAGCGAGAAGUACAAGGCGGACGACGAGGCGGUGGCCAAGAAGGUGGAGGCCAAGAACAGCCUGGAGAACUACGCGUACAACAUGCGCAACACCGUGCGCGAUGAGAAGUUUGCGUCCAAGCUGAAGCCCGAGGAUAAGGAGGCCAUUGAGAAGGCGGUCAAGGAGACCAUCGACUGGCUUGACGCCAACCAGCUGGCGGAGGUGGAGGAGUUUGAGGACCAGCAGAAGCAGCUCGAGGGCGUCUGCAACCCCAUCAUCACUGCCAUGUACGGUGGCGGCGCCAGCGGCAUGCCCGACGUAGGCGGCGCCGCGCCCGGCGCGGGCGGCGCGGGCAGCGGCCCCACCGUUGAGGAGGUAGACUAA